CUUCACUCUCUGUUGGGUUGGAAUUGGAGCAGUAUCGAUUCCAACGCAAAUCCGACUCUCUCUCUCUCUCUCUCUUCCCUCUCUGUCUCUCUUCCCUCUGUCUCUUUCUGCAGCACAAUGAUGCUGAUCACCCUGAUUCUCGGCUUGUUUGCUGCCGCGGUGGCUGUCGCUGCUGUUGGCGCAGUGCUGUUCAUGCGGCAACUCCGAUCCCGCCCGCCGCGUCCGACCUCCGACUCCGCCUCCGCCUUCAAUUCCGCCUCUGCUUCUGCUUCUGCUUCUGCCGCUGCCGAGGCGCUUUACACAGACCCGGACGCCCGCGCCAAGGACGAGGCGCUCAUCCGCCAGCCAUUCGCCGAGUUUGCCAAGUCGUCCGAUUCGCAGCAAUUUGACGCGAUUUGCAUUGGGAGCGGGAUGGGCGGACUGACCACCGCGAGCUACCUUGCACGGGCCGGCAAACGGGUGCUGGUGCUUGAACAGCACGACGUCGCUGGCGGAUGCACGCACGUCUACGAAGACAAGGGAUUUGAGUUUGACACGGGCCUGCACUACAUUGGCGAAAUGGCGGACGGACCGCGCAGAUCCACCACAAGGCAAAUGUUUGACACCAUCUCGGACGGCAAGCUCCAGUGGGCCACCAUGGGAAAUGUCUACGACAGGUUUAUCCUGUCCAAGGAUGCGUUUGCCACCAAGCAGAACAACAAGGUUGCUGCUGACACGAUUCCCACGACGGGAACUUCGACUGCCACCUCGACUCCCACCUCCGACCAGUCCAAUGGAAGCAAGCCAUUCCAGUUCGAAGAGCGAUUCGACUUUGUGGCCGACCGCCAAAACCUCCGGGCGGCACUCGUCAAGCGCUACCCCAACGAUGAAGCCGCCAUCGACAAGUACUUCCGCGCCGUCCGCGGUGCCACCAACGAGAUUGGCCCGUUUGUCCUGACCAAGUUGCUGCCAGAGUGGGCGCUGAUGCUGCUCACGCUCAUCUUCCCGAAAGCGGGGUUUGCGUCACGCGACGACAUUUACUCGCAGCGCACCACCGCGUCCGUGCUCGCCGAAAUCUUUCCCAGGAACGUCGAAAUCCGCCAUCUGCUCACCUACAUCUGGGGAGACUACGGCACGCCGCCCAGCGAGAGCCCCUUUGCCAUCCACGCCGUGGUUGCUGCUCACUACUUCCGCGGCGCCUUCUACCCCGUAGGAGGCAGCAGCGAGUUGGCCAAGACGAUCGUUGCCGCACUCGAGAAGCGCGGUAGCAAGGUGCUCGUCCGCGCACCGGUCGAGUCGAUUCUGCUGGACGCCUCCGGCACCCGCGCUGUCGGCGUGCGGAUGGCCAAAGGUCAAGAGCUUUUUGCGCCGCUCAUCAUCUCCGCUGCUGGCGCCAUGAACACGUACACCAAGCUCAUUCCUGUCGAACACCGCGCCGUGAUUUCCAAACAGUUGGGUGAGCUGCAGAGUGGCAAGCGAGUGGCCACCUCCACUGGCCAUGUUUAUGCCUUUAUCGGUCUGGAUGCUUCGCCUCAAGAACUCGGGUUUACUGCGGCCAACUACUGGGUCUCGCCUCAGCUCGAUCACGACGCCGCCUACUCUGAGUUUAUCAAAAACCCCAAAAACCCCUUCGCUGGCGUGUUUAUCUCCUUCCCCUCCGCCAAGGACCCAACCUGGAAUGUUCGCUUCCCCUCGAAGGCCGUUGCGCUCGUGGUGACUCCGGCUCCCUUUGAGUGGUUUGAGGCGUAUCAGAGCGAGCGCGUCAAGCAUCGCGGUGACGAGUAUCAGAACUUGAAGCAGGAGCUGGGCGAUCGCAUGAUGGACGCCUUCUACCACUUCUUCCCGCAGGCCAAGGAGCACGUCCAGUAUGUUGACUUUGCCACGCCAGUGACCAACAACCACUACCUUGGCGCCACUCGUGGCGAGUCGUACGGCCUUGACUUCCGCACUGGCCGCUUUGAUACACGCGGAGCAGCUUCGUGGCUCACUCCCAAGACACCCAUCUCGGGCCUGUACUUGAGCGGCCAAGACGCCUUCAUCAACGGCGUUGUCGGUGCCAUGAUGGGCGGCUUCAUUUGUGCUUGCGCCAUUUCUCCCAAGAUUGCUUGGGACAAUCUUUACCUGUUCAACAAGGGCAAGUAAGCGAACGGCUCGAGUGUUUAGUCUUGGGCCUUUCAAACUCCACUUUUUUUUCUUUCUUCUGCACGUUAAGAGCUAGAAUUAUCGCAUUAAAAGCAACACCAACGAGUUGGUCAACUAUAAUAGAACAAGGCAAUAG